AUGUAUUCAUCCUAUUUCGUUUACGAUGUCCUAGUGACAGUUGCCCAGAGAAAGCCUCAGGCUCGGUUGCUAGGACCCGGCCGAAUAACCACCUCCCAUGCACUGCUGACUCAGAUACCCAGCAAGGGAUUGGCAGUCCAGGCCACAGCACAAGCUUUAGAAGAGUCUGCCACCUCCCCCUCUCUCCCACAGGGCUCGGUAUGCGGCUCUGGCGUAACUGUGUGCACUCAGCAGACGCUUUCGUCACUUCGAUCAGAUGAGACUUUAUCUGCCAUGCCUCUCCGACACGAGUAUGGCCCAAGUUCGUUGGGUUGGGUCAGUCAGGGAUGCUGA